AUGCCCAGAAAGGCCAAGAUCAAGGUGCUGAUCGCGUUCGCGGUCAGAUUAUUUGUACUUCCACCAACCUUUGCACGACUGAGGGACAUCUAUAUUGCUAUAAAUGGGAACGACUACACUUACGACCGCGUCGAUGCCACCGUCAUGUCAUCAAUCACUCUGCAUAUCGGCAUCAUACUUGCCACAAUCCCUUGCGCGAAGCCGUUCUUUUCUGUCAUCGAGGCGGGAAUCUACAGGUCACCGCUCGACGCAAAUCCGAACGAUCGAUGGAGGCGGCCGCACCCCAGCGAAUACCCCAGAAAGGACUCCAAGAGGACCAUCACGGCCAGCAUGGCUCGCACGAAUACGAGCACCACCGCCAGCACCAGUGAGCAGACCCAUCACUUGGAACCAUCGCGAGACAUGGGCCAAACCCUUCAAAAGGCGACCAGACCAGUUGGAACCCAACCCAGCAUUGAAAAGGCAACACUCCAAAAUGAACCCCCUGGGCUGGAGCCGUCGAGUCACUUUCGCACACAAACCUUCGAUCUCCACAGAAAUUCCACUUCGAACAUGGGCAUCCAAACAGAAUCAUCAAGCAGAUCAUCCCAACGCACGAGUGUCCGUGCCCGUCGCCCACCAUCCAGCAAACACACAUCCCUAUCACGACUCUCUCGCGCCGCACUUGCGACACGCCUCAGAUCCGGCAACUCAUCAACCUACACCGACGCCCCCGAAACACCCUCAUCCUCCUCCUACCGCCGACGCGAGAGCUCCACAGACUUCUGGCUAGCUUUAUCCAACGAAGACGGCCAGACCGUCACGACAGUCCGCCACGAUCCUGCCGACGCCGAGGCACGAGCUCAGAGGCGAAAGUUGGAGAGGCCUGAUGUGCUGCAGCAAACGCACUCGUUUCGGAUUACGCCAGAGUCGGAAAGGGAAGAGGAAGAUUCCAUGACGGUGGCGGAUCAGGCGAGGAAGAGGAGGGAGGAGGCUGAGGAUCUGCGAAGGAGGGGAAAGUUUGGGAUUGAGCAGACGCAGAGCUUUCAUGUUAGUUAUGAUGCUAUGCCGGCGAAUCGGGGGUGUUGUGGGACGCAUGUGGGUAGUGAUGGGAGUAGGGAUAGGGCGAGGAUUGAGAUGGUUGAGUAG